CAGACGCUCAUAGCUGCAAUGCAAAUACAMAAGCUCUAACUGACUUUCCUUGGUCAAGUGCWACAGGACUAGAUUCAAGCAGAUCUCUAAUUUGAGCUUAGAGCGACCAUGUUUUUUUUGCUCAGAUUAUCAGCCCUUGUCAUGUUUCUCCUGAAUGUCGCAGGAAAAUGUUUUUGCCAUUCGGCUUACCCUUCAGGAUACGAAAGRRAAAAGGGUCUACUCUUUGACUUUUAUCCURCUCAAAAGCUUACCCUUCCAAAGGGAGCAAUGAASAAGACCAAUUAUGUUAAAGAUAACAUGGAAUGUGUGUUCGCUUGCAUGGGUGUUCAUUGGUGCCGUUCAAUCAAUUUCAAAAUCGCUGCUCAAACUAGCGGUCUCCACGCCUGUCAGCUGAUUUCAUCUGAACAGUUUGCUGGGAAACAGUACAUGMGUCAAAAUAAGACGUUCAACCAUUAUAGUGUGAAGAAUCCAUGCCAAGAAGCWCCCUGUCGUAAUGGCGGAAAGUGUAUCUUUCAAGAAAACAGGCAACAUUAUAACUGCGAGUGCAAUGAGCCAUUUGAGGGCGAGCUCUGCGAGGAAGGUAUUCGUCUGGUUGGAUCAUCUAACAAGUACGAGGGCCGUAUUGAAGUCUUUUACAAUGGCAMGUGGGGUACUGUYUGCGACGAYYACUGGCCAASCAAUUCCGCUAUUGUUGCUUGUMGRCAGCUCGGAUUCAAUGGUGUCCAGUCCUACUUGACCAGUGUAUUUGGCCAGGGAACUGAUCCCAUAUGGCUUGAUAAUGUCAUCUGUAACGGUAAUGAAGCGAGGAUACAGGAAUGUAGACACAGACCAUGGGGAAAGCAUGAUUGUAAUCACAAGGAAGAUGUAGGAAUCAAAUGCUCUGCACCAUGAAUUCAAAGUGAACAACCGCUGCUUUAUUUGAUAGCAGAUUCUCAUGCGUAAAGAUCGCUUACCAAACACAAAAGA